UUUAGAAUGCAGUGUAGCACAAAGGCGUUCCGUGGUAAAGUUGUGUGUGUUAAGUGGUCUGUCCCAAUCACCUCUGACCCCGCUUUCCAGAGGCGCAAUGUCCGCUCCGAAUUGACGGAAGAGACGGCAUAGAAGCCGCUGUCAUAUUACCUAUAUUGCUAUGCUUUUAUAUACCGCACAGUAUCCGAUCAAUAUAGAUCUGCCCAAGACAGACGCAUAUAGUUUAAUCAUUUACACGCACAACGGCGAUCGACACAAAGACAGUCAGUUUUAGUGUUGUUUGUUUUCAGGCGAAGAUGAAAGCGCUGAUUCUGGUUGGUGGAUAUGGUACGAGGCUCCGCCCUCUAACCCUCAGUGUUCCCAAGCCAUUGGUAGAGUUCUGCAACAAGCCAAUCCUGCUGCAUCAAGUGGAAGCUUUAGUAAAGGCAGGGGUGAACCAUGUGAUCCUGGCAGUGAGCUACAUGUCAGACCUGCUGGAGAAAGAGAUGAAGGCCCAGGAACAAAUUCUCGGGAUUAAAAUCUCCCUCUCGCAUGAAAAGGAGCCACUGGGGACAGCCGGUCCCCUAGCCCUGGCGCGAGAGCUCCUCACUGAUAACUCGGACCCCUUCUUCGUGCUGAACAGCGAUGUGAUCUGUGACUUCCCCUUCGAGGAGAUGGUGAAGUUCCACCAGCACCACGGCAAGCAGGGCACCAUUGUGGUGACAAAGGUGGAGGAGCCUUCAAAGUACGGGGUGGUGGUGUACGAGGGGGAGAGCGGUCGGAUACACCGCUUCGUGGAGAAGCCCCAGGUCUUCGUCUCCAGUAAAAUCAACGCUGGCAUGUACAUCUUCAGCCCCUCCGUGCUGCACAGAAUCCAGCUGCGGCCCACGUCUAUAGAAAAGGAGAUCUUCCCCAUCAUGGCCCAGGAGGGACACCUCUAUGCCAUGGAGUUGCAGGGGUUCUGGAUGGACAUUGGGCAGCCCAAGGACUUCCUGACAGGGAUGUGCAUGUACCUGCAGUGUGAGCGCCAGCGGAGCCCCGAGAGACUGCGCACGGGGCCGGGCUUCCUUGGGAACGUCCUGGUGGACCCCACAGCUCGGAUCGGGCAGAACUGCACGCUGGGCCCCAACGUGACGAUCGGGGCUGGGGUGGUGCUGGAGGACGGCGUGCGGAUCAAGCGCUGCACGGUGCUCAAGGGGGCCCGUGUGCGCUCACACUCCUGGCUCGAGUCCUGCAUCAUCGGCUGGAGCUGCUCUGUGGGCCAGUGGGUGCGCAUGGAGAAUGUCACGGUGCUGGGGGAGGAUGUGAUUGUUAAUGACGAGCUUUACUUGAACGGAGCCAGUGUGCUGCCACACAAAUCCAUUGGAGAGUCUGUGCCUGAGCCACGCAUCAUCAUGUAGAGAGAGAGUCUGCCAGUGUAGGGUGUAGAACUGAGAGAGAGAGAUCCUUCAUCUGCAAACAGCUUUUACAAAAGCACAAGUGCAGUCCCCUCCACUUCCACUCUACAGCGAUAUUAAUAAUGUUAUUAAUAAGAUUCCAUUACAGUUGAAGGUGAUAGAUGGGUUAGGAGUGUGUGUGUGAGUGAGUGAGAGAGUGAGCGAGCGUAACAGAGAGAGUGCUCAAGAAUGAGUGUGUGGGUGGGACUCAUUUUUCUCUCUUUUGGGGUUUAAUCAGUAUUGGGAAUUUACAUUAACGUUUACAACAUAAGAACAUCAUUUCACAGUGCCUUCACUAGAUAAUGUGAUUCUUUACCAUUCUGUGUUCACAUUAUGAAACGAAGGCACUGGACCCCUUUGCGAAAUUAAUGGGUUUCUUUACAGCCAAGUGAGAUUCCUAACUAAUGAUUAUGACUUUAAAGGAUACGGUGCAAUCCAGGUGUUUGCCCAGUGAGUGAGCGAAGGGGGGAGUAUACAAGGAGUGAGAGAGUAGAACAGAAGGAUCAUGAGAGGAAAGUGAGAGAAUUAGUCAGUGUAGCAGAGCAGAAACUGAGAGCUCAGCCAGCCCCUGCCUCCUGCCUCUUGCCUGGCAAUGCAGAGCAGGCUGCUGCUACUGAACGGUGCACAGUGAGGCAUAGCCUUGUCUUCCCAAUGUUUUAUGAAAACCUUUUUCAUUUGUAAUAUAAUUGCUUAACCAUUUGUGUGUUGUUGCCAUUGUUGUAGAAGUGUUAUUGAAGGGCAUUGAUCAGUCUGCUGUCAGCUCUGCAAGGGGACUCCAGCAUGGGCAGCAACAGCUGCUUUAUUGCAGCCUGGCCAGGUGAGGUGUCAGUGGUGCCCCCUAUGGGAUGACUUCCUCAUUAUCACCCCUUAUUGCAUCUUGAAAAUUGUACAUUCAUCUGAUCUACACAUAUGCUGCUGUACCAUGCUCGCAUAUAUCACACCUCCAGACUACCAUAGCUGUAAUGAUAGUGAAUAGGAUGCUGAACAACACAAGCUUUUAUCCACUUAUGAGAGGUCGGGUACAAAUAGGAUUUCUGGCUGCUCUGUCCUUUGGGGUGGUGAAAAUCCGUUAAACUAUAUAUACAAGCAUUGGUGUAUAUAGCAUGGGAUACAUUUUUCUAAUUCUACUUCAGUGGGGUAAUGUGAGUGGAAUACCCUGCUUACCAAGACGAGUUUCAAAUGUGUCUCUGCUUACGUUCCAAUGAUACCCAUCUUAUUAACAACAAAGGGUGUCUAAUCAGUUGCGUAUGAUAAGCAGUAUCAAAGAUUAUGCAAAUGAGGAUGUCCUGUGUUAAAUCAAAUGGUAGGCUGUAUCACAGUUUAUGCAAGUGAGGAUGUUAUGUGUUAAAUCAGACGGCCAAACGCAGUUGACUAUCUGCACCAUACAUCAAAAUGAUCUGAGUUCAUUCCUAAUUGCUUCAAGGCAUUUCACACCUGAACGGAACAGAGAGGCAACCAGUGCCAACAAUUACACCUGAUGUUUGACUCUUGUGACUGGGUGGACUAUAUAGUACAUAUAUAUAUAGCACAUUUGUUCUUCACUUUGACCCAAAAGAAUGGAUCUCUGCAAUGGUGAGUGCGAAGUUCAAUUGUAAUAAAGGGGUACCAAGAGA